UGCAGAGCCAGAUGUUGUAAGUGUAAGCAUGUGGAGUGUGAUCACAGAGAGCUUCUUCACCCGCCGUCUGCACGGCUCACAAAACAGACUAUUGUCUUCGGCACCCGGGGAUUAAAACAGCAGCGAGCGACGAUACCUGUCGUAAUGCCCCCCCCCCAUCUCGCCUCCUUUCACUCCUUAUGCCCUCUUCCUCCCCAGCGUUUUCCCCUCUGUCUCCGGGAAAGCAGCAGUUUAAGGGGGAAAAACAAGUGCGUGAAGCCAAGGAACAGGUCUGACCUCAGUUACUGGAACUAAGCAAGGAACUGUUUGAGUCUUUACAGUGUGGGUGGCCAAGACAACAUGAACACCACUGAACCAGAUUCCAACUCCACCUCUACACCAUACACAGAAAAUGUCCCUGUGUCCAGCCUGCCCACCACGCCGAUGUCCCCCGCCAGCCCGCUGCCUCCAUCCUAUUCUCCCGGCGUCCCGGACCCAGAGUUCACCAUCAUGGUGGUGGUGGGCUUGUUGCUGGUGCUGGCGGGGUUAGCCGCCUUCCUGGCUGUGUGCCGGCCCUCAGAACAGGACGGCGGCUCCGAGGCGAGCUGCGGCCCGGGAGGGAGCUCGGCCCGAGGAGGAGGGCGGUCCAGCGAGCCCCAGCUCAAGGUGUGGAAGAGGCUGGGCUCAUACCGGCGUUCGUACAACAUCUCCUUCAGACGGCCGCCCCAUCGCAGGCCGUACGAGCGGGAGAGCGCACAAGUGUGCCGGCCUCCGGCCCGACAGACACCACAGCCGGACAGCAGAAUGGAGCCCCCCCUCACUACGCCUUGUCUAUUUGACUAUGUCACGGAAAUAUGACCAGAGGACAGGCGGGAGGCUGACUGACUGCUUCCCAAAACAAGUGACACACCGCCAAGGACAUUAUUGAUAACUGUAAAGGGCGAUGCAGAAGUCACAUUUCUGGGACUGAUCAUUUCACCCCGUGCAGCAGGUAAUGUUGUUAGGUAUGGAUGAUGUUUUUUGCACUAUAUAUAGAGUUAAAAGGAGUAUUUAAUCCAACAACGACUAAAUUCAUUAAAUUCGCUCAGCAAGAAUGUAAUGCAUCAUUAAAUUCACCGUCUGCACUGAAAUAAAUUCCCUCUGAUUUAAUUAUAUUCAAUUUUUUCCAAGCAUAUGAAAUAAACUGAACAGAUGAAAUACACAAUAAUUGUACAGACAGAAUUCUUCCGGCAAGGCACUUGUUCAAAUAAUGACUUCUAUUUUCAUGCCAAUAAAUGGAUUCAUAGUGUG